AUGGCGACUGCGCCAAUGUCCGCAGCUACAUCUAGACUGUCGUUCGCGAAGGUAGCUGCAUCGGCAGGUAAAGACGAUGUAGCUCUUAGCUCGUUUACCAAAGUUACGACCUCGACAUCUCUCCGAGACCAGCGAAAGGAAAACACUCGGCUGCACGCCCAGAACGAAGUAGUAGACGGAUCGGGUCUACCGAAUGCAACAUCCGAAGACACAUCCGCAGUUACUUUGAAGAAGGAAUUUUCUUCGGGCGAGCCUAGCUUGAAGAUGAAGCCAGAAGAGCCACGUUCUGCGGAGCCUAGCGCCAGCGAGGCCAAACUUGGGGACGCCGUUCAGGCUUUGAGCGUCAACUCUCCCAUGCCGAGUCUUGUCGUGAAUGGUUCGGGGCUUGUAGCCAGUAGGAAUAAGGCAGAUGCAGUUGACGGAUUCUCGGAAGACCCCUUUCAACGUACAGAUUCUGGUUCUGAGCUUGGAACUAAACCACCAAGUCUGGACGGAAAGAGCAUCACAUCUGGGACUACUUUUGCGCUGGAUGAGAAAGAAUCUUUACGCCCUGAUGAUAGUGCGAGUGUCAAGGCUGCAGAGGAUGAUGAUACAUUCUCUGGGCGAGGUUCUAUAGUGGCAGGUUCAAGAAUUGGAUCCGAAGCUGCUGGUCGGGCAUAUCGUGCACAGUUCUAUGAAGCCCCUGACCGACGAAGUAUGCAACCCAUGCAGGAGCGUCAGAACCAAGGCAUUAGCACACCACAUAGUGGUUCUUCUGGACAGCAGACAACAGAUGAUGGCAAACCUAAGCCUCUCAUUGGAGCAACCGGAGCACCAGAAGCCUUCAGUCUGUUUUAUCGCCAGACCCCCGAUGAGAAGUUACUAGAAGCCCUGGAGUCUCCAAAGGAUAGAAUCUUCCUUCUCAGACUUGAGCAGGAUGUGAUUGAAUUUGUCAAGGAUUCUAAAGAACCUUUCAUUGACCUGCCUCCUUGCAAUUCAUUCUGCAGAAUGCUUACUCACAAACUUGCUGAUUACUAUCACAUGACACAUCAAGUUGAUUCCGGUGCUGGUGCCGUUCGGAUCUUCAGAACACCUUUCUGUAGGCUGCCGCCCUCUUUGACCAGUAUCUCCAACCCGCCAACCUCAGGCAACACCCCGCCCCCCACGAUGCCAGCAAUGAAAAUCAUGCGAAGGGGUGGCGAUGGUGACACUGGUCCUAGCCCUUCCAAAGCAACCUCGGAAACCGGCAGUGAUGGCAAAGAUAAAUCUCUCUCAGCGAAAGAAAAAUUAUCUCGAGAGGAAAGGGAGGCAGCUUAUAACAAAGCCAGAGAACGCAUAUUUGGGAAGGAAGAAAAAACCGGCGAUGUCACCCCAGAAACCGAAGAGGGAAAUGAGAUGUCUCGCUCGAGCUCGCUCUCAACCAAGGACCGGGCAAGCCAAAAUAAGAGACCUAAGCCACCCAAGCAGCGUAGAGACGACUCUGAAAGCUUCGAUGUCAGGUCCCAGUAUACACCGUUCUUCCCCCAACCGCAAGGUCCAACUUGGGCCCCAACUCAGCAGUUCGCUCCCAUUGGUCCCCAGCCAUUUAAUGGUGUUGUCCAAAACAAUUACCCAAAUCCGAUGCAACCUCAGUUCAUCCCCCAACCAGCUCCACAGUUCAACCCUGGUAUGCCAAUCAACAACAUGAACAACGGUAAUAUUCCGAUGUAUAACCCCAUUCCCCAGCAGUAUCCUCAGCCAAGUCAGCAACGCUUCCAACCUCACAGUGCGCCGAUCAGCGCUUAUGGGUCACCUGUUCAGUCACCUCCACUGGCACCCCAGCAAUGGCCUCAAUCGAAUCCUUACCAGAGCCCGUAUCAGACACAAGGACCCAUGCCAAGAGCUCCCCCGAAUUCGAUACCUUAUGCAUUUGGUCAGUUGCCUAGCACAGCGAAUCCAGCCGAUCCGAAGAGUCAACAUCCCAUUCCUGGGAGCUUCAAUCGCCACGCCUUCAACCCAAAGACACAAUCAUUCGUUCCUGGUAAUGGUGGCCUUCCGCUUCCUCAACCGAUGUCCCAUCAUGGCACUCCUCACCAUGGGUCUCCGCACCACGGCUCUCCCCAUCUCCAAUACAAUGCCUUCACUCCACCUCAACAACAGUACAACAAUGGAAUGGGGUACAAUAUGGCUCGGCAGGGUUCAAACAACUCUUUGCCCUCUUAUCAUGCAUCUCCUCACAUGGCUCAUCGGCCGAUGAUGCAUCAGGCUAUGCCACAAAGCCUCCCUCAGAGCAUGCCCCCUAAUUUGCCACAAGGCAUGCAAGGAAUUCAAGGAAUGCCGCAGAAUGGGCAGAUUGGAAAUCAUCUCCCCAACUAUGGUAAUUCAUCUACGCUCCCUCCCAAGCCACCAACUGGAGUUUAG